CCCCCUCCUUCCCUGCUUGACGCUCCGCUAUCUUUAGCGCCGCCACGGAUUACAGUGCGCAGCAGUGUGUGGAGAGACUGCGCCCAGGUGCAACUUGUCCGGAUUAUCGCUGCGUGUACGUCGCGCCGAAGCUCUCUGGCAUAAAACAAAACAAAACAAAAACAAAAAAACCCCAUAAAGCGAACGCGAUGGGGGAAUGACAACAACCUCCCACCCCGUGUGCGGUUCUCCGUCCCCGAGAAACCCCCAAGGAUGCUCCUGCUCUCCAGCCCGCGGAACGGACGCCAGCGCCGGGCCUCGCUGCCGCUGCUCGCCGCGGUCCUGCUCUGUAUUGUCUCUGUCAGCGCUGGCCUCCCAGCUGGCGUUAAAUGCCCUCACCACAUAGACUGUGCCAAAGAGGGACGCCACCUCUGCACGCCUGGCUCCUCCCGCUGUGGCCCCUGCCUCUCCCCAUUGCAGGAGAAUGAGGAAGGACGCUGCGUGGAGAGGGGGCGACACCAUCAGCAUGUGCCAUUGUACCCUGACCUGGAUGAAGACAUCGAUUACCUUCAGUCUGUCAUCAAAAAACAGAAAGUGUCUGAGAUCAAACCAUCAAAAAAGCAAUCCACACAUCCUGCUGCCGCUACCUCCCAGACAGAUGUUAAAAAAAGCAAGACAGACGCCUCCAAACAAAAACAGAACACCCAGGCUCGCCGCCCAUCCAAAACCCUGCAUGCCUUCACUACAGCCCCUGGCACUACAGUGUCUGCCGUCUCUAACGCACAGACCCCACAGCCCAGGGCCACCGGGGCUGAGGGCCGAGCGGGUCCUCUAGUGCUCCCAGCACCCAGGAAUGACAGAUUUAUUGUCAUUAUGAUCUCUCUGUGUGUCGCGGUGGGCACUGUGGCAGUGAUCCUGGCAACUGUUUGUUACAUCAAGUUGCAGAAAGAAUCGCGUCUCGCUCAGAAGGUCGACUACCCUGCCUUCGGGGGCGUGGGUGUGUCUGCUGCGCCAGCCACUGGUACCUCGAUGGGAGAUAAAACCCUUGCCCAAAGCGCUCAAAUGUAUCACUAUCAACAUCAAAAACAGCAGAUGCUCUCAGUAGGAAAUCACAAACCUGAACAGAAAGUCCUUGACACCGAGGUCACAUCAGAUGAGGAAGAAGUGGGAGGAGACUUUACGGUAUACGAGUGCCCUGGACUUGCGCCGACCGGUGAGAUGGAAGUGAAGAACCCUCUAUUUGAUGACUCAACCGUACAUUAUCAGGGGAAUCACCAGUGAAUGCUGAACACUUUAUGCACGCACACACACACACACACGCAAGCAGACAAGCUAUUCCUCUGUAAAACACCACGUCAUCCUGGCAGAGGAUGGGGUAAUUAAAUUGAUUACUUUCUUGUAGGCCCUUUACUAUAUCUGCCCCAGUUCGGCUUUUAAUACUACAUAUGUAUGUAGGGUUCCUUUUUAAUUUAUUUCUCACUGUUUUGGAGCAUUCCUGUGUUAUAACAUUUGGUUUUCAGAGUCCUCUAGGUUUGUCCCUAUAAAUGUUUUGUCCUGUUUAAAUGUUACAGUCUAAGUUAAGAUUUUGUCCUCACGUACCUUUGUUAUUUUCCUUCAUUUCUGCAGCUGUUUCCAAAGAAUGUGAUACAAUAGCAGACAUAUGUACAACAGAGACACACACAAACAUACAUAUGUUGAAAUACAGGUGCCCUCCCUUGCAUUUUGUCAUACAUAGCUAGUGGCUAAACCACAUCCCUAACAGGUAACCAGGAAAUGUUUAAUAUCAGAUUUCUGUGAUAUCUCUUUAAAAAGACCCUGAAACAACUCAAGGUUUAGCAUUGAAAAUGUUACCAGUGGUGUUUUUAAUUUUAUGUCUUGUCAAAUCUGUGCACAUAAAGAUUUUAAGAUUAUAGAAUAUAAAUAUACAUGAAAAUGAAGUACUUGAUGAUGUCUGUUUGCAUGGUUUGACUGUACUAUGUUUGACUCAUGGCAAUGCUUUGAUGAGUUAUUCUUCCUCCUGUAUGUAUGCAUCCUGUUGAUGGAGGAGGAAUGUACAGUAAAAGUGACUUCUUAGCACUUGAAUGAAAUUUUGGAGACAAACUAUACUGGUGGAUGUGUAGGUGGUAAAUAUCACUAUCUUGUAUUGUCCCUCUUUCCUCUCUGUCCUCUUGUCGGUUCCAAGUUAACCUCGUGCUGCAAAAUGUACAUAAAGAGUGAAAGUGUUCACCUUUUAUAGAUAUUUGUACAUGCACACCAAGGAAUUAAAA